CUCGCAACCAUGAGACGCCGCGCAGCCUCCGUUGUGGGGGCCCGGCUGGGCGUCCUGGUGAGCUCCGCCGAGCAGCAGGCGGGGUUGGCCACCACCAGCAGCGGCGGCCUUUUCGGCACCGCAGGGCGGCUGCCAGGCGCUGGGGCCCGAGUGGGUGGUGCGGGACAGGCGCGAGCUGCGGCGGCGGUGCCCGCUGCCACUGCCGCCGUCAAGGUGCAGCCCAGCCUCCUGCCGCUCACCAGGACGGACGAGUUUGGGGCGGUCAGCAUUCUGGAGAGCGAGGCGGAGGCCAGUUUCGUGCCUCAGACGUUUGAGAAUGUGGAUGGGCGCCGCAUUGAGGACGGCCGCUAUGCCGCCUUCACCAAAGACCUGACUGAGGUGGCGGGAGUUCCGGCCACGCGCCAGUUCACAGACAAAGUGCGCACGUUUGCAUACGGCACAGAUGCGUCCUUCUACCGCCUCAACCCCAAGAUGGUGGUCAAGAUCCACUCUGAGGAGGAGGUGCGCAAGAUCCUGCCCCUGGCCCUCAAGCACCAGGUCCCGGUCACCUUCCGCGCGGCGGGCACCUCCCUCUCCGGCCAGGCCCUCACCGACUCGGUGCUGCUCAAGCUGAGCCACACGGGGCGCAACUUUCGGAGCUACACCGUGCACGGCGACGGCUCCACCAUCACCGUGGAGCCGGGCCUGAUUGGCGGCGAGGUCAACCGCAUCCUGGCGGCGCACAAGUCCAAGGGCAAGCACCCGGUGCAGUACAAGAUUGGGCCCGACCCCUCAUCCAUCGACUCCUGCAUGGUCGGUGGCAUAGUGUCCAACAACUCCUCGGGCAUGUGCUGCGGUGUAUCUCAAAAUACCUACCAUACGCUGAAAGACAUGAGGAUCGUGUUUGUGGACGGCUCAGUGCUGGACACGGCCGACCCGGCCAGCCGGGCCGCCUUCCUGCAGAGCCACUCCAAGCUGGUGGAGGGUGUGGUGGCUCUGGCCAAGCGCGUGCAGGCCGACCGCCAGCUGGCCAACCUCAUCCGCCGCAAGUUUGCCAUCAAGUGCACCACAGGCUACUCGCUGAACGCGCUGGUGGACUUCCACACCGACGACCCGAUUGAGAUGAUCAAGCGGCUGAUGGUGGGCAGCGAGGGCACGCUGGGCUUUGUCAGCCAGGUCACCUACAACACAGUGCCCGAGUGGCCCCACAAGGCCUCCGCCUUUGUGGUGUUCCCAGACGUCAUGUCCGCCUGCCAGGGCGCCUCGGUGCUGCGCGACCAGACCAGCGUGGAUGCAGUGGAGAUGUUUGACCGCGCCUCGCUGCGGGAGUGCGAGUCAAACGAGGACAUGCUGCGCCUGGUGCCAGACAUCAAGGGCGCCGACCCCAUGGCUGCCUCGCUGCUCAUUGAGUGCCGCGGCUCGACCGAGGAGGACCUGGCUGCUCGCAUCGAGGAGAUCCACGCCGCGCUGCGCAAGAGCGGGCUGCCGUUUGGCGCUAAGGCUGCAGAGCCCCAGCCCCUGGAGGCCUACGAGUUCAAGCACGACCCCAGGGACUUCAAGGUGUUCUGGGACGUGCGGCGCGGCCUCAUCCCCAUCGUGGGCGCCGCCCGCAAGCCGGGCACCUCCAUGCUGCUGGAGGACGUGGCAUGCCCCGUGGACAAGCUGGGCCAGAUGACGGUCGACCUGAUGGACAUGUUCCAGCGCCACGGCUACGACGACGCUUUCCUCUUUGGCCACGCCUUGGAAGGCAACCUGCACCUGGUCUUCUCCCAGGGCUUCCGCACCCCGGAGGAGCUCACCCGCUUCCACACGAUGUUUGACGAGCUGUGCCACAUCGUGGCCACCAAGCACAGCGGCAGCCUCAAGGGCGAGCACGGCACGGGGCGCAACGUGGCGCCCUACGUGGAGAUGGAGUGGGGCACCAAGGCCACAGAGCUGAUGUGGGAGCUGAAGGAGCUGUUUGACCCAGACUACAUCCUCAACCCGGGGGUCAUCCUGAACAAGGACCCGCUGGUGCAUGUCAAGAACCUGAAGCCCAGCCCAGCCGCCAACCCGCUGGUCAACCGCUGCAUCGAGUGUGGCUUCUGCGAGUCAAACUGCCCCUCCAGGGACAUCACGCUGACUCCUCGCCAGCGCAUCGCCGUCUACAAGGAGCUGUUCCGCAUGCGCAGCAUCGAGAACCGCACCGCGGCGCAGCAGCAGCGGCUGGACGAGAUGGCCCAAAUCUUCGAGUAUGACGGCCAGGACACGUGUGCAGCAGACGGCAUGUGCCAGGAGAAGUGCCCCGUCAAGAUCAACACUGGGGAGCUGAUCAAACAGCUGCGCAGCGACGAGAUGGCAGAGGCGCGGCGCGCGUCCGGGCUGGCCAUGACUGUGGCAAACAACUUCUCCACCACAGCCUGGGCCUUCAACAAGCUGCUGAAUGUGGUCAACGUGGCUCACAGCGUGCUGGGAGCAACGCCCAUCAAAGCCAUCAGCUCUGCCCUCAACAAGGCCACGGGGCACAUGGUGCCAGAGUGGAAUCCUUACAUGCCCAAGGGUGCGGCGCCGCUCAACAUGAACCCGCCCAAGCCUGCGGCGGCGGAGCGGGGCGUGCCGCGUAAGGUGGUGUAUGUGCCCGCCUGCGUCACACGCAUCAUGGGGCCCUCCAAGGGAGACUACGAGACGGCCCCUGUGCACGAGAAGCUGCUGUCGCUGUUCAACAAGGCGGGGUACGAGGUGGUGUACCCAGAGGGCCUGUCCGCCAGCUGCUGCGGCAUGAUGUUCAACUCGCGCGGCUUCAAGGACGCGGCCGCCAAGAAGGGCUCUGAGCUGGAGGCGGCGCUGCUCAAGGCCAGCGAGAAUGGCAAGUGGCCCGUGGUGUGCGACACAUCGCCCUGCCUGGCGCAGAUCAAGUCGGGGCUCAGCGACCCGGCGCUACGUUUCUCGCUGUACGAGCCUGUGGAGUUCAUCCGCCACUUCCUGCUGGACAAGCUGGAGUUCUCAAAGGUGCGCGACAACAUCGCGGUGCACAUCCCCUGCUCCUCCAAGAAGAUGGGCAUCGAGGAGACCUUCAUGAAGGUGGCGUCAAUGUGCGCGGAGAAUGUGGUCAACACGAACGUGCCCUGCUGCGGCAUGGCCGGCGACCGCGGCAUGCGCUACCCCGAGCUCACCGGCGCCUCGCUGCAGCACCUCAACGUGGGCGGCUGCUCCGACGGCUACUCCACCAGCCGCACCUGCGAGAUGAGCCUGAGCAACCACUCAGGCAUCAACUUCCGGGGGUUGGUCUACCUGGUGGACGAGGCCACCCAGCCCAAGGCGGCAGCUGCUGCCGAGAAGCAGGCAUGAGGCACGCGACGCGCCGCCAGCCAGCCACCGAUUUUGGGUAUGUAACGGAUGAACGCUAGCUCCCACAGCCCUCCACUCGGCACGCCGCCGCCGCGGAGGCCGGCUGCCCACCCCCAACGCCCUCCCACGCCCCCUCCAGUGCCAGCACUUGAAGGGCAGUUUUUGAUCUCCACCCCCUGUUGGUCCAUCACCAUGCAGCAGCCUGCUUGUUGUGUUGCUUUGGCACCGCGCGCCCUGCGCCUGCGGCGCUCCUGACGCGGCGGCCCCCAUCAGCACUGCUCUCUUUCAUCCAUUGCCUGAUUCCAAUGGAUAUUUCAUCCGCAGGCAUGAUGCCUAACCUAAUGUGUGCUCUCCCCACUGUGAAAUCUCUUCUU